AUGCUCGAGGAGCUCGGCUCAGGGGCGACUGCGACUGUGUGCAGGUGCGUACGGAAGAAGGACAACAAACAGUUUGCCGUCAAGAGCAUUAACAUAGGAAAGCUCCGCCUGCAGCCAAACUUCCAAAAAGUGUCGGAAAAGCUGCACCGGGAGGUGUCCAUUCUCUCCUCACUGCGGCACAACCGGAUCGUGUCACUUUAUGACUACAUUGAGGGUCAGGACUACCUCCACCUGGUCAUGGAGCUUGUGGAGGGUGGUGAGCUUUUCGAUCACAUCGUGCAAAUUGGCUCCUUUACCGAGCCAGUCGCGCGGUAUGUUUUCAUCCAGAUUGCUGAGGGUUUGAAGUACAUUCAUUCACAGCACAUUGUCUACCGGGAUUUGAAACCGGAGAACAUCCUUGUGGACCAGAAGAAUUCCCGACAAGGCUUGCUUGAAAUCAAGUUGUCAGACUUUGGGCAUUCCAAGCUCAUCCACGACGGGUAUAGCACUGCGCUGACCCGAGUUGGAACGCCGCAGUACUGGGCUCCCGAGGUGUCUGACCCCUUUCAGGCGGCCAAGGGGUACGACAAGCAAGUGGACUUGUGGUCUUUAGGUGUUGUUCUGUAUGUGAUGCUGGUGGGUGCCUACCCCUUUGACGGUUUGGGCGAGCCUAUCGACGUCCAGAUUCGACGCGCAUCUGUGCAGUUUCCCGCUGGACGGAGGCCGACUGAGAACGCGCAAAACUUGAUUCGAGCCUUGAUCCAGUUCGACCCCAUGGGCCGGCUGGAUUUGGAUAGAUGUCUGGCACAUCCCUGGGUGUCCACAAGCGCUGGCAGCCUCUCCAAGGUCCUCGACCAAUUCAGGCAUGCGCCCCCGGAAGAGCAGGAGGAGCCUUUCCAGCUUCCUGGGGAUCCGUCCAAGGAGCAGAUCGAUGGCCUGCGCCGUGACCUCCAGCAUUGGAUCUACAAAUGGCGCUGUGGAGCUACAAUCCAGAGGAGGAAGCGAGACAGCAUCGAGGCAACAUUUGUUGUGGCCAACAUGCAGCUGGGGGUAACAGAGGAUGAGCGGAGAAAGGCGCGCAGAGAAUUGCAGGACCUCAUCAACUUCAACUUUCCAGGUCACGGCUCCGUCAAUGGAGGAACGGUGGCUGCGAAAUCGACGCUGCCCUCGCUCCCAGAAGAGCGCAAGAAGAAGUCACACCGCUUGCUGACACACACCCUGAAGGUUUCACCCACUGAUGGUGCCGGCGUGGAGCUAGAGCCAGAGGCAGGUGGCAUGAAAGUCAUGAAGGUCUUCCCUAAGCCGGGACAACCGGGCCUCGAAGUGCUAGAUUUGAUCAUCAGCAUUGACGGGACGUCUCUGCGGGGUACGCCGGAGAAGGUGGAGGAUAUCUUUGGACAGCACUUCCGCGAUGGAGUUCAGCUGACGAUUAAGAGGUUUCAGAGGUAG